UUAUUUAUUAGCCCAAUAAAAAACAGUUUUCUCAUCAAAACCCCUCCCUCACCGUUUUCCCCUUUUCAGCUCAAAGAUUUUCCCCCAAAAAUUGUCCAUAUUUUCCGGCGGAAAACCUAGCGAAAUUAAAUUGAAUAUCCCUGUAUCUAUAUAUCUAUAUAUAUAUAUAUACUGAUAAGUUUGCAUUGCGGAUAUAGAAUAUGAGGGCACCAAAAAGGCCGAUCCAGGCGGUGUCGACAUGGGUCCGCCGGCAACCGCCGAAGGUGAAGGCGUUUCUGGCCGUGAUUAGCGGCAUGGCGGCGCUUGUUCUCCUUAGGGCAAUUGUUCACGAUCACGAUAAUCUCUUCGUGGCAGCGGAGGCUGUUCACUCUAUCGGAAUCGCCGUUCUGAUUUACAAGUUGAUGAAGGAGAAGACUUGUGCUGGGCUUUCACUCAAAUCCCAGGAGCUAACAGCUAUCUUUUUAGCUGUUAGAUUGUAUUGUAGUUUCGUCAUGGAGUAUGACAUACACACUUUGCUCGACAUGGCAACACUGGCUACGACCUUGUGGGUUAUUUAUAUGAUUCGUAUUAAACUCCAAUCGAGUUAUAUGGAGGAUAAAGAUAACAUUGCACUGUAUUAUGUGGUGGGCCCAUGUGCUGUAUUAGCUUUACUAAUCCAUCCUUCUACAUCACAUCACAUCAUCAACAGAAUCGCCUGGGCUUUCUGUGUUUACCUUGAAGCUGUUUCUGUGCUCCCUCAACUGCGUGUCAUGCAAAAUACAAAGAUUGUCGAACCCUUCACAGCUCAUUACGUAUUCGCAUUGGGUGUUGCGAGGUUCUUGAGCUGCGCUCAUUGGGUUCUCCAGGUUUUGGACACACGUGGUCAUCUUCUAGUGGCACUCGGUUAUGGACUAUGGCCUUCAAUGGUUCUUAUAUCGGAAAUUGUUCAGACCUUCAUCCUAGCCGACUUUUGCUAUUACUAUGUAAAAAGUGUUUUCGGUGGACAGCUCGUGUUGCGCCUUCCUUCUGGAGUGGUGUAAAUCAGCAGUCGUAUACGCUUUUCUUAUUUAAUUGUUCGUUUUAGUGCACUUACACGCCACUCUUGUUAUCCGCUGGUUCUUACAAAAUACUAAUUCGGUUUUAGAUUAGUCGAUAAUCUUCGUUGUAAGCGCUUUCAACUAUGAAUUUCAUUAUCACCACAAUACUAAACUUUUAUUUCUCAUGGUGUA